GCGCUUAGCUCCGCCCCUUCAGCCCUCAUUCAAAACAGAACACAGCUGUUCUGUAGCGAGGCGCAUCGUCGAGUCCUGAACGUUAAAACAAACCUGUUAGCUGUCUCUCGUGGUCUUCCGGCGGCCUCGGAUGUACCCGCUGGAAUACCAGAAGAAGAAGGAGGAAAACGGAGAACUUCGGUGAGUUGAAGAACCCCACCACCUCCUACCAGCCGUCGAGGUAGCGAGCUAACGUUCAGCCUCGUUUGGAUGUGUUCGUUUUUACGCGCAGGAUGCUCCGUUAUCUGCAUCCACCAAGAGGAGGCUAACGAGGAGAUGUGACAGAACCGAUACUAAGACUUGUCCCGGUUCUUUUUGUUGUUGUUGUAAUGCAGACCAUGUGUAGCUGGUUGCACAGGUUUUUAUUUUAGCACAUUAUUUUUUCAUUUUCUCCUCCUCCACCCACGUGUCGCCCCCACACCACGCACCGAGAAGAAGCACCACCGAGAGAGUUUUUUUUUUUUGACAUAAUGAUAAAUAAUAAAUCAUGCGCUCCCUUUACCAAAGCUAAGUUAGCAUCAAGCUAGCGAGAAUUUGCAGCAUGCUAACGUGGAAACCUUUUGAGAAAAGAGUGGUGAGGGAGUCUGGACAGCAGGAGCCGCAGAAAGACGGGAGGCGUUAAAGAACGGCACAACGUCGCCUCCAACACUAUGCUCAUCUGACACACGCAACUGAGGGCCGGGCGGGCUUUGCUGCAGCGGAGGAUGAUGAAUGGUCUUAUCUAGAGCUAGAUGGUGUGGGAAUGAUGGACCUCCCCAAUGGCCAAUCAGGCAUCAUCACCACCACUGCAACAGUCUCUGAGAGGAGCAGCAGCUGCGAGUCUCUCAGCGAUAAAGGCUCUUCAGACCUGAAGAAGAGUUUUGACGCCGUUGUGUUCGAUGUGCUGAAGGUCACUCCUGAAGAAUAUGCAGGUCAGAUUACGCUCAUGGAUGCUCCCGUGUUCCAAGCCAUCCAGCCAGAGGAGCUGUCGAGCUGCGGCUGGAACAAGAAGGAGAAGCACAGCUCCGCUCCAAACGUUGUGGCCUUCACCCGCCGGUUCAACCAGACGAGUUUCUGGGUGGUACGAGAGAUCCUUCAUGCGCAGACGUUGAAGAUCAGAGCUGAGGUGCUGAGUCUGUACAUUCGCACUGCCAAGAAACUGUGUGACAUGAACAACCUCCACGCGGUCAUGGCUGUGGUGUCGGCAUUACAAAGCGCCCCCAUCUUCAGGCUCACCAAAACGUGGGCGUUACUGAGUCGGAAGGACAAGGCGACGUUCGAUCGGCUCGACUACCUGAUGUCCAAAGAAGACAACUACAAGCGUCUGAGAGACUUCAUAAGCAGCCAGAGCAUGGUCUCUUGUAUACCGUACCUAGGGAUGUACCUGUCCGAUCUGACCUAUAUCGACUCGGCCUAUCCCUCCACGGGCAGCAUCCUGGAGAACGAACAGAGAUCGAACCUGAUGAACAACAUCCUCAGAAUCAUAUCGGACCUACAGAGAUCCUGUACCUACGAUGUACUAGUGUUGCCUCACGUGCAGAAGUAUCUCAACUCAGUCCGGUACAUCGAGGAGCUGCAGAAGUUUGUGGAGGACGACAAUUACAAGUUGUCACAGAAGAUUGAGCCAGGCACCAGCACACCACGAGCAAACGCCUCCAAAGAUGAUCUUGUGGGCCAGGAAGCGGCAGCGUCUCCUCUCUGCGGCCGUAAAUGUUCGAUAGCAGCCGAUGGAACCAAAGUCCCGGCCACACCGCCCUCCCCCAGGAACCUGCUGCCCUACGGACACAGGAAGUGCCACAGCCUGGGCUACAAUUUUAUCCAUAAGAUGAACACGGUGGAGUUUAAAAGUGCCACGUUCCCCAAUGCUGGUUCUCGGCACCUGCUGGACGACAGCGUGAUGGAGAGCCACAGUCCCACUAGGGGACAUGCAGAGAGCUCAACUCUGUCUAGUGGUAUUUCACUUGGGAGCAGCGAGGGCUCUGAGCUCAGCGAAGAGGUGUCCUGGCCAGCGUUUGAGAGGACUCGGUUCUAUCACUCUUUGGGCCCAGUGACCCGCGUGGCCCGCAUCCCCUACAGAGGAGUCCUGAGGUCCAGCAGCUCAGCGGAGUCAGAGGAGCUGGCGGUUCACUUGUAUCCCGGAGCGGUCACAGUGCAGGGGGUGUUGAGGAGGAAGACUGUGCUCAAGGAGGGCAAGAAACCAACAGUGGCGUCAUGGACCAAAUACUGGGUCGCUCUUUGCGGAACACAGCUCUACUACUACCCUGCCAAGUCCCUGAAGGCCACCGAGAGGAAACAUUUCAAGUCCACGUCCAGUAAGACCGUGUGUGUGGUGGGUCUGAUGGCCAUAAUGGCCGACGAUCCCGAGCAUCCCGACGUCCUCUUGCUGACGGAUUCCGAGCAGGGUAACACCUACAAGUACCAAGCAGGGAACCGAACGAACGCUCUGUUGUGGUUCAAACAUCUGAGCGCUGCCUGUCAGAGCAACAGGCAACAGGUGCCAGCCAAUCUGAUGUCAUUCGAGUGACCGGCGCUGAGGAGUGUGACUGAGCAAAGACGAGAGAGAAAGAGAGAGGGAGGGAUGAUGAGAAAACAGACGACGAGGAGGAUGAGGAGGAUGAGGAGGAGUGUUGUAUCAGUAGUGGGAGCUUUCACUGCCAUGAGCCCUGACCGCCGAUUCUCUGAUUCUUGCCCCGGCCCCACUGCAGCCUCACCUGCCACCACUGCCUUAACCAGAGUACCCUGUGUGUGUGUGUGUCUGCGUGUCUAUGGAAGUGACUGUUUUGGGCGUACUAACUACUGAACAAGGACCUGCACCACUGCUCUUGUCUCCCAUUCGCUCUCAGCGUCUUUUUGUUUUUACUGUCCAGGACUUGGAUGAAACCGUUGGACUCCUCCCCUCCCUCACAGACAGACUGUCCUCCAUUGGACAGAAACAAUCCUCUCCUCUGUUUUUUGUUGUUUUUGUGUUGUUUUUUUAAAGGGGGGGUUAACUAUUUUUUUUUGUGUGUCCUCCACUAUGCUCAAACGCAAGAUUUCUGUCUUUUAAUCGACACACAAUCACUUCACGCACACACACAUCGGACUAACCCGUUUAAAAAAACGUUUUUUUUACUUCCUGAUUCACAUGUGUUGGGCUUGGAGUCACAGGCUUAUUUAGAUGAACUACGGCACACAACUACGCUCACUCUCACGCAUAUUUGAUCGCGUCGGUGUAAAUGUUAAGGGCUCUGAUUCGCAAUCGAUUCCAGCUGAAACAAUUCCCACACUUCCUGAAUGUGUCUAGUUUUUAUUACUCUUUCUUCCCCUCAUAUACUCGCUAACUGUUCUGUACGUAUGUACUAGUUUGUGUAACUUGAGGAGGGGUUGAGGUGGGAGGGCAAAUCCACAAAGGUACGAUCAUCCCAGAGUCUAAGCUAAGACGUGUUCACGGUUGGGUAGACGAGAGUUCAUCCUUCUAUUUUUUUACACACAUGGUUUUGUUUUUCCUCCAGUGUCUGCUCUCUGUCGGUCCGACGCUCUGUUUCACCAGACUCUCUCACACACACACACACACACACUAAACACUAAGACUUGAAACUGUGAAAGAGUCCAAGAGAAGAGAUCGACAAGAACUCUCAAUCCAUGAUUUGAUCUCUUCUUCUUGUUGCUUGAUGUGGUCAGAGCCUCUGGUCUGGACAUUCAAAGCUACCUGGAGCCAUGCAGAGUCUACUUUAUAUCUUCUUUGUUUUGUGUUGUUAGUUGUUGUUUCUUUUUCCUUUUUUGGGGGGGAGGGAAGGUGUAUUUCACAGUAUUACCAUGUAGUAAACGUGUAGUUUUGUCUGUUAAAUUUGAAUGUUACAUUUUUUUUGUGUGUUUUUCUCUCCUUUUGGAGAAGUUAUGUUGAAUCUUUCAUGUGUUUUUUUUUUUUUUUUGCCCCUUAUUCAAUCAACCAGGACCCGGCUUGAUUUUAGACCCUUCCAUCUGAUUUGGAAUAAGCACCUUGGUUAUAAUUAGUGCCAAGUGAUGUAACGUCACCGUGUUUUCUUCAGUUAGGACGAGCAGAGCCGCGGUGGAAUCAGUGCAGAUGUGGAAUCAGUGCAGAUGUUUCACGGUGCCACAAAUUGCUGUUUUUGUUUCUUCGUUGUGAGCAAGAUGGAUGAUGGAGGUGACGAUGAUGGGAAGCUUUUUCGCCCAGUGAUAUUUAUCAAAUUCUAAUCUUUUUUCUUUUCUUUUUUUCAAACAGCUGUUUACAUUGUACGUUUACACAAUCGUUUGCCCCCACAAUCCCUUCGAUGCUCCACAUGUACUGUAGACACCUUUAGUAUUACAGUACGCAGACGGGGUGUUUUGAGCUCAGCGAUGGGGUGGAAACAGAUCCUCUCUGAUGUGCUUCAGUCAGUGUUCUGCAUUUAAACUGUCCUCAACAGUCCAAGUCAACUAUUCAGCUUUUUAGGUCAAACGAACAACAACAAACUGAGACAAAAGACAAUUACGUGCCCGUAAAGAGACAUUCAGUCCUUUGUGUUUUGACUAAAGGAGAGAUGGUUGCGGAUGAACCUGUGAAUGAGGAAGACAAAGAUGGGCAUGUGGAUGCAUUCAUGCGCCUGUGCACACUUCUUUAUUAUUUUUUUUUAACACGUUUUAAUUCAAGCUGCACAGAGGCCGACUCACGUCACAACUCCACGCUGGCUUGUGUGAAGAAAGGAGGGACAGCGUGGGAAGAUAAGGAAGUGGAAACUGGUGCUCGUCUGUGUCCACCGAGGCUUUUUUUCUUCGCUGCACAAAGAGAGCAGAGACUGUUUUGAAGCCACACAAUCCCAGAGCUGAAGCCCUCUGGAGGCUGAUCAUCGCUGGUGUUUGAGUCUCAUCGGUGGGCCGGGCGGACCAAGAGGGUCUGAAUGAAAUGGGUGAGACGAGAGUUUGGGUGGGGGGGGUUUAUAGGCCGUUUACCUCUGUGUAUCGAUGUUUGGUGGAGCUUAACCUGCUGUCAUUUGCAAUAUAUUGACAUUUAGGUGCAGUUAAAGGGACAGUUCACCCCAAAUGUACAUAUUUUACCUCUUUCCUGUUGUGUUAUUUAUCAUUCCAGAUAGUUUUGGUGUAAGUUGCCGAGUGUUGGAGAUAUCAGCCUUCUCUCCACCAUACGGGGCCGAUGCAUCCAACACUCAGCAACUCACACCAAAACAAUCUAGAUGGAUAAAUGGCACUGUAGGUAAGAGAAAAAAUGUUUGGUAUGAACUGUGCCUUUAAACAAGAAUUAAUGCUGUCUCAAAAAAAAGGAUUGUAAACCGAAGGAGCUGGGAUGUAAACAAAUGGCAUCCCAGUCACAUUUCCCUUCUUUCUAUUUGCUGAUGUGAGAUGAUUUGGUUUUAAACUCAAGCAGACCUUUUGAAGCGGUCUUGGAAGGUUUAUUUGAAUCAAUUUGGAUUUAACGAUGUUGCCCAUCGAUAAUUACCCAGAUCAUCGUGAGCGAUUUUUGUGAGGUUUUCCCUCUCUGUAACCUGAGUUUACACACUUUUCUUUUUGUUAUCAUUUCUGUACAGUGUGUGGUCAAAAUAAUGGAAACGCAUAUUUCUUGUUUUUGGGGACGUUUUGUGGAUUUAGCCGACUCAUUUCUUGGAUUGACCCGUGAUCAUCUAUUUUGGGAUGAGAGCGGAAAGUUCAAAUGUCAGACGGUUCUCGUUCGACAUCAUUUUGGGUUGUUACAAAGAAACUUGAUGUUUGAAAAAUCUCUUGUUUUCCGUGGUGAGCGUUCAUGUUGGUUCCUUUAAAUUGACCCCACUGUCUAAAUGCACAACUCGCCCUGUAUUAGCUGUUUAGAGUGAAGCUGCCUUCUGAUUUCAUUCUUUUUUUUUUUUUUUUUUUUAAUGGUCAUGAAAUAAUUGUUUAACAGUUGAGGUGAAGGUUUCGACCAGAGGAAAAGCUUUCAGUGCGUUUUUGUCUUCUGAUUUUUGUGAAAAAUCAAUGUGAAUCUGGACGAGCGUCAUUCACCGUUUACCGAGGGCGACGACCUGUGUGUGUGUGUGUCUCUGUGUGCGUGCGUGUGUGUGUGUCUGUCAUGACUGUGGCGAGCGCUGUGACCUCAUAGCUGAGUGAUGCGCUGCCUGGUGUGAAGACUGAGAACCAAUAAACACUCUGCCCUUUUUUACUCCA